AUGAAACGCAUUGGCACCGUUGAAGAUUUGCGAGAUGAGGAACGUCUGGUCUGUUAUCUUCCCCAUCACCCAGUUUUUAAAGAGUCCAGCUCAACUACCAAGGUGCGAGUAGUUUUCGACGGAUCUGCCAAAACUUCUACGAAUCGGUCCCUCAAUGACGCACUUCUUACCGGACCGGUGAUACAAGACGAGCUGCUCGAUAUCAUGCUUCGCUUUCGCAAGCACGCAAUCGCUGUCGUGGCGGAUGUAGAAAAAAUGUACCGGCAGAUACGCAUACAUCCGGAAGAUGCAUCAUGUCAACGGAUUCUUUGGCGUUUUGAACCAUCCGAACCGAUUCAAAUAUUUGAGCUUCUCACCAUAACUUACGGUCUGUCUCCAUCCUCCUUCAUGGCAACCCGAGUCCUCAAACAACUGGCAUUAGACGGUGCGAGCGAGCACGAAGCUGCUUCCCUCGCGGUAGCGGAGGAUUUUUACAUGGACGAUUUCCUCUCCGGAGCGGAUUCCGUUGAGAACGCGAGACGAUUGAAACAUGAAGUGCAGAAUUUAAUGGCGAAAGGCGGAUUUCAACUUCGCAAAUGGAGCUCAAAUGUACCGGAGGCGUUAGAAGACUAA